GUUAUUAUUAUUAUCGACAGGCGAGACAAUGCGUAUGUGUAAAUCCAAUUCACAGCUGAAAAUGUUUUACAGUUUUAAUAAAAUAGUAUGUAACCGGAAUCGAAACAAACUAGAUAAACCAACUGUUGUAAAUAUGCUUGCCUGGAAAAUCUAGGGAAUUGUUCCAGCCAAGCUGUUGAACAUUUCUUAUUUGUCUCUCAAACAAAAUUACCGCUAUGAUUUGGCUAGUGGCUUUGCUUCAGAUGGUAUGUUGCACUUUAACGUCCAUAGUGCCUUACUCAGAAGAUGUGUAUAGCAGCAUGGCGUUUGUAUUCGACACCACAGGAUCUAUGCAAGACGACUACAUUCAGUUGAGAUCCCACGCUCAACAAAUUAUGGACUACGUACUUAAAAGAAACGAUACUAAUAUUAAGCACUUUGUUUUAGUGCCUUUCAACGAUCCAGUUGUUGGGCCUGCGUCAGAAAGUUUCGAUCCAUUGGUAAUCAUGCACAUGUUGAAUAAAAUUAACGUGGUCGGAGGCGGUGAUUGUCCCGAAAUGGGUGUGACGGCCAUAAUUCAAGCAUUGGAAAUUGUCAAACCCAAUUCUUACAUUUAUGUAUUCACUGAUGCUUCGGCCAAGGACGAUAAAUACAUUAACCAAGCAUUAGACCUCAUUCAAAGAAAACAAGUUCAGGUGGUCGUUUUACAAACCGGACACUGUUCUUCGAUGACCAGAAGCUACCAGAGCAUAGCAUCAAUGGGAUCGGGUCAGGUGUUCGACGUUAGUAAGAAUGACGUCUCCCAAGUAUUAGAGUUCAUCAAGACAUCGAUGGACACUAAUAGAGUUAAUUUACUGUCUAUCAACGUACCCCACAGCGAGGUCUUUCCGUCCCCAAAAGCAAUUAACGUCGACGAUUCAAUUAAACAGCUUUUAGUAUCCGUUUCCGGACUGAAAACCAUGGUGAACGUAGUAAACCCGACCGGUAAAAAAAUGGACGAGUCCGAUGGUCUGAUGACCGACUUGGACUUGCAAAACGUUAAAAUUAUGACGAUUUUGGAUCCGAUGCCCGGCGAAUGGACUUUGUACGUGACCAGCGAGUCGGCUCAUACUAUUCGUGCUUGCGGUACUAGCACUAAAAGUUUUGAUUAUGGAUUCGCUAUUACUAAACCGGGCAGUAUCAGCCAAACUAGUCAUAGGCCGAUGAAAGGUACCAGCAAUUAUGUUUUGGUGAAAUAUCCGGAUGUUAAUGCAUUUUUGUCGUGUGACAUAAAGGAGUUACACAGCGAUGGCAAAAAUAAUUCGCUGCCUAUUUUUGAAAUCAGUAAAAAUGUAAUGUUAUGCGGUCCAUUUGUGCCGAAUAACAAUCCUUUUUACGUACAGGUGUUUGGUAAGAACAAUAACGGUAAUUAUUUCAAAAGGAUUACUAAAACCAGUAUCACGCCCGACGAUCCGGACAAGCCUUAUAUAUCGACGCCUAAAAGAGUUGUGGUAGAAAAAGGUGAAGAACUACACAUAGUUUGCCACGUGGAGUCCUUGGUGCCGUUUUCUGUCACUUGGCGGGCGUUUAACUACCCCGCGCAGAAUUGGAAUUUUAACCAAAGUGCGGAAAUCGAACUAGUUAUACGAAACGUGACAUUAAGUCACAUCGGCAUGUACGAGUGUAGUGCAAAAAACAUAGCAGGAAAUUCAGAGAGUUUGACCAACGUCAACGUGAUAGCUAAACCUACUCUAGAUAGAACAACUGAAAACGUUACAGUUAUACUAUUUGAAGGCGAUAACUACUCUAUCGCAUGCGAGGGACACGGGUUACCAGAACCCAAAAUUGCUUGGAUUUCAAACGGGACACCAAUUCCUCCAUACAGCGAUCAUGUUUUCAUAGUGAGUGGCACGACUAGAUUAGUUAUUUAUGAUGCCACGUUCGAUGAAUCCAACGUGUACAUCUGUAGAGCAUCCAACGACUUCGGCGUGUCUGAAAAACACUACCAAAUCAUUGUUCGAACUAAACCAUCUCUGUCGACGGCGAAUGAGACCCUGGAAAUUGAUGAAUUCAGUGAUGUAUACUUACGCUGUCCUUUACCAAACAAACAUAAUCGGUGGUUCAAGGAUAAUGUGGACAUCAGUUCUAUAAUCAAUGAACGAGCGGACGAACCACAUUACAAACAAACGGAUCACGGGCUAAAGAUAUACGAACUAAACGCAGAAGACAGUGCUACGUAUGCUUGUGUAACUCCGGAAAAUAAAACUUACACACACGACUUAAAUGUAGUGUUUAGCCCUCAUUUCGUAGUUGAGAGCCCCGAUCAAAUUUUAGCCAAGAUAAAUGAUACGAUUUUGCUAGACUGCACAGUCAAAGGGUAUCCUAUUCCUAAAGUACUGUGGACGAAAAACGAUAUGCUUUACCCUGUUACCGAAUGGACACUAAAAAAUUCGAAUUUUUUGAAUGGAAAUCAACAAAUUGUAAUUAAAUCAGUGGACUUGACGCAUGGAGGUACUUACAACUGCAACGCAAAGCACAAAUUUGGAAUCGAACGACGUACAUUGUCCAUGACAGUACUGUAGGAAAAACUUAAUUUAUGGAGUAUAUUAACUAUGUAUAAAUUAUUAAAAAUUGUGUAUGUUAACACACAAGCCAGCACAGUCGUUUGAAAAUGGUUACUAUUUGAACUAACUUGUUAUUCGAAUGUAGAUUAUAUUUUUUAUAAGUAUAAUGAAUAUAUUUGUUUGUUUUAUUGUUUUUCUGCAGCAGUGUGCUAAGCUAGAGCCUAGAAGCACGGCUAACAUCAUUGUAAAUUACUAUACUUAUGUAAUCUUUUAUCAAAGUUGUAUAUUAUAAAAUAUUUGUAAGUCCUUAUCUUAUCAAAAAAUAUAUUAUCUUCACGAUGUUGAAUGGUUAA